AUGUUGCCAAAUUAUGUAGCUCAACUUUUUCUUAUAGGGAAAGAAGAAGAAUGGAUAAAUAGACAGCUAAAUUUUUUUUUUUCUUAUUACUGGAUCCUAUUGUGCUUUGGGCGAGUAGUUGAACAGAAAAAGAAAACCCAGUCGACUUUUCAGUUUGCCGGAAUGGCAACGGGUAGCCAAAAAAAAAAAAACUCCGGGGCUAAAUGUUUCAAGUUCAGUAAUAUCAUAUCUCAUACAUUUACUGCAGUUGUUCGUCUACUAAGAAAUUACACAAAUACUUUAAAGCAGCGACAACUUCCCUACCAACAGGCUCAAUGUACUUUGCGGGUAACAAAAAACCAUGGUUACCUGUAUCUCUCAAUUUCAACUGGAACGCAUAGUCUGCUCGAUGAUGGUACAUAUAAUCUAAUGCUGUUCCAGAUCCCAAGUCUGGCAUCAAAUCAGCGUCACGAUCAAUACAGGCUGGUAAUACAUUGUACAGUGUUCCACUUUGCAUGCGAAUAG